UCAAAAUAAUGACUUAUUUUCCUGUCACAGUCAAAAUCUGCAGUUUUAAGGCAAUAUAGUUGAUCUGAUCGUUUAGAUUUGUAAAGAGAAAGAAAYUGUAAUCAUGCCUUCUUCGAAGAAGAAAAAUUUGAAGSAAAUUUACAUGGCGAAUUCUAUGGAAGAGCUAAAUAAACUCGCCGAAGUAAGGACACCUGGAACCAAUCCUGCGUUGCUUUCUAAAACAGCUGAUCGRUUGUACACUGAAGCUUUGUCAAACGAYGACAGCAAUGAUGAAGAAAGAGCCUAUGUUUUCUAUCUACGAUAUGUAUCAGUCAUCACUAUGAUCAGAAAGACAAACCAGUACAAAAAGGACAAGGAAUAUUAUGAUAAAAUGUUGGGAAAAACCAAACCAAUCAAAGCAAUCACUCAAGCUGAAAAACUCCAGAACAGUUUGGUGAAAAGAUAUGAAGAAAGAAAGAAGUUGAAAGAAGAUGAAGAACUUGCCAAGAAAGUUCUUGCCAAAAAGAAUGAUGAAGAAAAACAACCCAAAGAAGUCAAUAAACCAAGUUUUGAUCUUCCUGGUCAUGGGAAGGUAAUAUCUUCAUCAGGGGAUAUCUAUGAGAAGCUGAAGGUUAAUCACUCAAGUAUUCUGACUCCACAAGGAUCAAMAUCUAAUGGUUUUAGUAAUGACUCUGAUGCUCUUAUUCCUGGAAUGACCAACACAAUGCCGUGUUUAACAGCAGAGCAGCUUUACUCCCUUAUGAAGGACUCKCCAUCAUCUGACAUUCUCAUCCUUGACAUCAGAUCUCAAAAAGAUUUUACAAAAAACCAUAUUCUCAUUGAAUCUUGUAUCAACAUUCCUGCAGAGCUCUUAGAACAUGGGGUGUCUGUCAGCAACAUUGAAAGAAGACUUCAAGAGAGAACUCGUCUUGUAUGGCGAGAAAGAGGAAGGAAACAGCACAUAAUAAUUGUUGACAAAUCAACUCAAGUUAAGAAUAUUUCACCAUCAUCCAAACCUUUCCAGUUUAAAGAAGCAAUAUACAAGAAUGAUUCCAGYUGUCAACUAAURCAUGAACCAUGGAUUCUUGAUGGUGGUUUUGAUGAUUGGCUGUGGCAUUAUCCAUCCAUGGCUACAAAAYCUGAAUUACCUGUUAUUUCAUCAAAUACCAGUUUAGAUAACAURAUAGACGUUUCAUCACUGGACUUUCCUGAGUUACCUGUUGAAACCAAACCUCCACCRAUGGAGUCAAAGCCACAACCUCCAUCAAACACAGCUGGUAGUCAAGAUAUCAAUAAUGUUUAUCCUUCAUUAGUUUCUUCCCUUAAACCCUCACCACCAAAACACACACCAUACCAACAUGGACUGACUAAUGAURGAAWGUCUGCACAAAACAAGCUGCCUAAUAAUUUACAUGUACAAGAACMAGAGAAGAAGACAGAUAUCCCUACUAGACCACCUCUGACAGUACCASAAGCAGGAAAUUCCACAAAUCCUGUCAGUAAACCAAAUGAAAUUCCUCGUAGUUGGCAGCAGCCUUAUUCUGUACCAGCUAAUCAGGACUUAAACCAGGAUUUAAGCAGACCCCUGGAUCAACCAGCAUCACGCCAACACACUACAGCUCCAGGAAUAAAACAGAAUGCUUCAAAAAUACCUGAUGAUAAAUCUCUUGAUCAAUUGCCAAGAAAUCAACAACCUAACYCAUCACAUACCAUGAAUACUGCCAAUCAAAUCCCAGGUCCUCCUGUUCAACCAGUAUCUGGACCAACUUCAAGAAAUGAGAAUAUUAUUCAAGGACCAGCAUCAUCUUCAACUGGUUAUAUUGGUAUCCCAGGACAGUCAACAARUGCAAUCAAUCAGAGUAGUCUUCCUGGACAGACUACAAAAUUUGAGCCGCCAAAGGAGUUUCCUGGAAGUGCACCUGUUUCAACUAUUGGAAAUAGCAUUCCAAGACAGACACCCAUUAUAACCAAUCUAAACUCUUUUCCUGGACAGACACCCAGCAACUAUGCCCCUAAGCAGCUUGUUGAUCACAGACCUACACCACCACCUUCAAAUUUCCAGAAUCACGUUCCUGGAAAUCUUCCAAGUACACAGGUUACUGGUCAGAAGCCAGGGCUCCCACCUAUAUAUGGACAAUCAGUUAUUCCUAGCUCACAAACACCUCAAAAUGUAARCAAACSAACAUCAAAUCAGGGGGAUGCAAAAUCUGUUGUUCCUCCAUCAGAGAUAAAUCAAAUUGGAUAUAAGACAACCAAGGGGUUUCCCCAUGGAUGGGAAAAAUGUGUAGAUAAUAACAACAGAGUCUUCUACAAAGACCACAACACACAAACCACACAUUGGAAUUUACCAAACAGCAUAACAACACAGCAACAAAAUAAACCAACUAAUCAAGAUACAAUUACCACACCAAAACAGCAAAUUCCCAAACAACUUGGAACUACUCUUCCUGGACAAACAAACAAGCUUAAGUCAAACWURCGGCGAUCUUUAUCUUCACCAAAUUUAGCAAACCUAGAUGAUGAUAGUAAAGAAGAUAACAUUAAAGUUGAUCCUGUAAUUAACAGAUCACUCAAGCCAGCUGCUAAACCUUCUUUUAACCGCAGUGCUAAACCAUUGACAACACUAAAAAUAGACUCUCUAAAUCCUGUCCAUGGAGGAAUUGGGCGUGGUCUAACAGGGUUACGCAACCUUGGCAAUACAUGUUAUAUGAACUCAGUACUGCAAUGUCUGUUUAGUACAGCACCACUCGCACAGUACUUUAUUUCUGGUACUUUUAGAGAUGACUUGAAUACCAGAAACCCUAUGGGGACAAGAGGAGAAUUAGCAGAACAGUUUUCAAUUCUUGUUCGAGUUGCAAAUUCUGGACAAUUCAAGUCUCUGUCUCCAGUAGACUUCAAGAAAACUGUGGGUAAAAUCAAGUCAACUUUCUCAGGGUUUGAUCAGCAGGACUCACAAGAAUUCUUAGCCUUGAUGAUGGACAAGCUUCAUGAAGAUGUCAACAUGAUCUUGAAGAAGCCUUAUCUUGAGGCGCCUGGUGAUGAGAUAGAACCAAGCCAAGCUGCAGAAAUGUCAUGGGCCAAUCACAAAAAGAGAAAUCAAUCAAUCAUGCUGGAGCUUUUUGAUGGUUUGUUCAUGUCUACUGUUCAAUGUCUGGUGUGUUCCAAGAAGUCUGUUACAUUUGAAACAUUCUCCAAUUUAACUCUUCCCAUUCCAGCAAACUCAAACCAUUGCACUUUGCAGGACUGCAUCAGCUUGUUCACACGUCCUGAGAAGAUGUCAGGUGAUGAUAAAUGGUACUGCCCAAAGUGCAAACAACACAGAGAAGCUAGCAAACAGCUGCAGAUCUGGMGACUACCACCAAUACUGGUCAUUCACUUGAAAAGAUUUCAAUAUGAUGGUAUGUGGAGACAAAAGCUUCAAACUGGUAUUUCCUUCCCCCUUGUGAACCUGGACAUGACAGGCUAUGUGAAGGGGCCAAAAUCUCAACAGCCAUACUCUUUGUAUGGUGUCUCCAAUCAUUAUGGAACCAUGCAUGGGGGACAUUACACUGCAUUUUGCCGCAACUCACAUGACAAGAGAUGGUACAAGUUUGACGACCAACUUGUAUCUGAGCUAUCUAGCAAAAAUUCCAUAGUGACAUCUGCAGGAUACCUUCUGUUUUAUACUUCAAUUCCAUUCCAGCCACCAAAGAUAUUUUAAUGCCUUAGGCAAUCAUCUUUAUCAAUACAAAUAAUAUAAAUAAAUAAAAAUUCUGAAAAAAAAAUCUUUAUGAAUACCUUAAAGAAUUGAAUAAUAUUCUGAAACUGCUAGGGACAAGAUUGAGACAUAUAUUUGUCAGAGAUCUUAUUGCUUAUCAGUGAUUGUGAAUGCAGGCAAAGAGUUUAACAAAUGAAGCUUGGUUUUUGUCAAGUAUUAAAACCAAAUCACUGACAGCCUUUGAUGUAAAUAGAAACCAUCAGCUGAGAAAUAAAUUGAUACGAUAUUUCUGUAAAUAAGAUGUAAAUAAGCAGUUUUAUAGGGGUAUUUUGCUCAGACUAACCAUGAAAARUAUAUAGAUGAGUCUUUUGUAAUCUUGUUAAUACAAGAAAUUUGAGUGCUUAUAAAGUAAAAACAGUUUGAAACAUCGAAAUGUUCAACUCACAACUGACAAUAAGACUGAGAAAAAAAACUUACAAUAACCAGAGAUUGAAUGCUUGAGUUCACACUAAAAUAAUAGACUUGAGCUUUCAAUCUAUAGAACUGGAUUCAAAUGCAAGAGUGAGCAAUCACAUUUGUGUCCUUAUUAGGCAAGACACUUUACUCUCUCAGUUCAUUGUCUUCUAAGAAAGGCUGGAGGUUCYAUCUCUCUAUGAUACUUCAAAUUAGCACCCAAGGGAUGUCCCACAGCAMUAUCAGGCUAAGAGUAGGGAGAACAGUUCCUGGGAGUAUAUAGUCAGAGUGUACUUAAUUUGGAGCAAAGCUCUGUUGUGUUUCCCUCACAAAUUUAUUUUGGCAAAAGCACAAUGUACGAAUAAAAUAUAGUCAUUUUUCACACAUGUUUAUAAUAUAAUCAUCAUAUACCAAACAUACAACAGRUUUCAUGAAAAACUAACUAUAAAGAAAUGUCAAAUUAGUUCAAGUAAAAACUUGUAUUUGUUGAGGUAAAAAUAUACGACAAUAAAGAUUGAAACAUU